GCAUAUGAUCUGGGCCCCAUGUCAGCCAGAGCAGGCAGCACCAGCUCGCCACGGCACUGCUCGCAGCCGGAGCUAUGACCUUAACGAAAGAGAGCUUCCACGGGGCUCUUCUGCCCAUCUCUGGAGUGGCCAAGGCCGACAUGGAUGGCAGCAGGGAGAAGGAGGAAGCUCCGAGGCAGUCAGUGAUGAGGAGUGGAGCAGCGGUGCCGAGGAGGCGAGCGGUGCGAAGGCUGGUCAUGCACAGCAUGGCCAUGUUCGGCCGGGAGUUCUGCUAUGCCGUGGAGGCCGCCUUUGUCACGCCAGUGCUGCUCAGUGUAGGGCUGCCCAAGAACCUCUACAGCCUCGUGUGGCUCAUCAGCCCUAUCCUGGGCUUCGUGCUGCAGCCCGUGGUAGGUUCAGCCAGUGAUCACUGCACCUGUAGCUGGGGCAGGAGGCGACCUUACAUUCUGGGUCUGGGCAUCAUAAUGCUGUUAGGCAUGGCUUUGUACCUCAAUGGGGACGUGAUGAUCUCAGCUUUCAUCGAUGAGAGAGACAAGCAGCGGACGUGGGCAAUAGUCAUUACCAUGCUGGGAGUAGUACUUUUUGAUUUUGCAGCUGAUUUUAUUGAUGGUCCCAUCAAAGCAUAUUUAUUUGAUGUCUGCUCUCAUCAGGAUAAAGAAAAGGGUCUGCAUUACCACGCCCUCUUUACAGGUUUGGGAGGAGCCCUGGGUUACCUCACAGGUGCUAUGGAUUGGGGUCAAACUAUACUAGGAUAUACCUUGGCAUCAGAAUUCCAGGUGAUUUUCUUCUUCGCAGCCUUGGUUUUCAUAAUCUGCCUUACUGUACAUCUGUGCAGUAUUCCUGAAGUCCCACUCAGAUACGAGAAUGAAGAGACAAAGUUCUUGUUGGAAGUGACUGAACCCCAUAAAUACAACUCCACAGAGGAGGAAAUCAAGAACGGUUACUUAAAAUCAACAUGUUCCGAAAUAAAGGCUGCAGUCAAGCCAGGGAAAUGUGUGGUGGUGUCACGCACAGAGGAAAAAAGACAGAUGACCCUUAAAUCACUCUUGAAGACACUUUUAAGCAUGCCAUCCCACUAUCGCUGUCUGUGUGUGAGCCACCUCUUUGGAUGGAUGGCUUUCCUGUCCAAUAUGCUCUUCUUUACUGAUUUCAUGGGACAGGUUGUGUACCACGGGAAUCCUUAUGCACCUCACAACUCCACACUUUACCUUACCUACAAAACAGGGGUAGAGAUGGGGUGCUGGGGACUGUGCAUCAAUGCAGUUUCUUCAUCAGUCUACUCUUACUUGCAGAAAGUCCUUCUGCCAUACAUAGGAUUAAAGGGACUUUAUUUCAUUGGAUACCUACUUUUUGGACUGGGUACUGGAUUAAUUGGCUUGUUUCCCAAUGUGUAUUCCACUCUGGCUCUUUGUUCACUCUUUGGAGUCAUGUCCAGCACACUGUACACAGUGCCAUUCCACCUCAUUGCAGAGUAUCACAGGGAAGAAGAGAGCCUGAAGCUGCAGGAAGGGGAAAAAGCAGGGGAGCAUGGGCGAGGGAAGGGCAUCGACUGUGCUGCUCUGACCUGCAUGGUCCAGCUGGCCCAGAUCAUUCUUGGCGUGGGCCUGGGGCUCCUGGUUAGCGUUGCUGGCAGCACCGUCACCGUGAUUUCAGCAUCCACAGUGGCGCUGAUCGGCUGCUGCUUCGUGGCUUUCUGCGUUCGCUACGUGGACUAGGACUGCAAGAAGCAUUUGGAAGAAAUCUCCCCAGGGGAGCGUUUCCUUUCUGGGUCAGUAGCACUGGUGCUGUUGCUGUACUGACGCUGCUGGCACGUCAUCCUCUCUUACCUCCUUGGAUCGGUUGCAAUUCCAGAGCUUUAUGAAAUGGAGACUUGAUAAAACUGGUUGCCUAAUGCCUCUCUCACACAAACACACAAACACACAGUGUGUUCACAUGCUGUGACAUGUGAUGGUGUGUGUGUGGCCAUAGUAUUUUGAUGCUCUGCACUGGGAGUCAUUAUGAAACUCGUCAUUACCAAUUUGUGAAAGUUAACAGACGAAGAUUGUGAUAAAUUGAAGUAAUAUAAAAGGACAGAGCUAGGAAGAAAAAUCUUUAUUUAUCUUGUAUUUCAAGUGUCUUAGGUUGGGAGCUGUUCCCUCCAGUAGAUUCAAACAGGUGUCAGAGGCCAUGCAAGGUGCAGUUCUGUUAUUAGUGGUACUGCUAAAUGGGAUCAGUUAAUUACCAGCUGCUGUCAGAAGCAGAAAAGAGUGUGAAAAAUGACCAGAUUAUAAAAAAGAUUGAAGCCUAUUGUUUAAAAGCAUUGCUGUAAAGUAAUUAUUUUGUUCUGGAUCCUGCUGCUUCUGUAUAAAUGAAGUGAAAGUAUUGACUGAGCUUGUCAGGAAAAUCUGCCUAGGGCUGCUUUGCAACUCCAUGUGUAGGUACCUAAAAAUCUGUCUAUGGGAAACAACUGCCAUUUCUUCCUUCUUUAAAAAGUAGCCUCUCAGUUGUGAUGUUGAAAUUUAAAAAAUAAACUUGGCCAAUGUAAGAA